AUGAAUUCGAAAUAUAUUUCUUUUUUGCUAUUUUUAAUCCCCUUUCUUUUCCAAAGUUAUGUUCGCUCACAUGAGGAUCUUUUUAAUGAACAUAUAACGAGCAUACAUGAUGGAGAACUAAAUACAUUUAUAACAAAAAAUGAUAUAGUACUUGUUAUGUUUUAUGCCCCAUGGUGUGGACAUUGCAAACGAUUAAUUCCUGAAUACAAUGAAGCUGCUAUCAUGCUUAAUGAAAAGAAAAGUGAAAUAAAAUUGGCAAGUGUUGAUGCUACUAUUGAAAGGGGACUUUCACAAGAAUAUGGAAUUACUGGAUACCCAACCAUGAUUCUAUUUAAUAAAAAAAAUAGAAUAAACUAUGGAGGAGGUAGAACUGCUCAAACUAUUGUUGACUGGAUACUUCAAAUGACCGGACCUGUAUCUACCGAAAUAACAGGAAAUAUAGAAGAUGUUUUGAAAGAAAAAAAUAUAAAUGUUGCAUUUUAUAUAGAAUAUACUUCAGAAGAUAAUGAAUUAUUUAAAAAAUUUAAUGAAGUUGGGGAUAAAAAUCGUGAAAUUGCAAAAUAUUUUAUGAAAAAAAAUGAUAAACAUAAUAAAAUAUACUGUUAUAGAAAAGAUGAAAAAACAGUCGAAUAUGAUGAAAAAACUCCAUUAAAUGAUUUUAUAACAAUUGAAUCAUUCCCAUUAUUUGGUGAAAUUAAUACAGAAAAUUAUAGAUUUUAUGCAGAAAGCCCAAAAGAAUUAGUAUGGGUAUGUGCCACACUUGAACAAUAUAAUGAAAUUAAAGAAGAAGUUAGAUUAGCUGCUGCUGAAUUAAGAAAUAAAACACAUUUCGUUUUGUUAAAUAUACCAGAAUAUGCUGAUCAUGCUAAAGCCUCAUUAGGUAUAAAUGAAUUCCCAGGUUUAGCUUAUCAAUCAAGUGAAGGUAGAUAUGUAUUACCUAACCCACAACAAUCUUUAAAAAACCACAAAGAUAUUAUUACAUUUUUUAAAGAUGUUGAAGCUGGAAAAAUUGAAAAAUCCCUUAAAUCAGAACCAAUACCAGAAGAAGAUAAAGAUGCACCAGUAAAAGUUGUCGUUGGUAAUUCAUUUAUUGAUGUUGUAUUAAAAAGUGGAAAAGAUGUACUUAUAGAAAUCUAUGCUCCAUGGUGUGGACAUUGUAAAAAAUUAGAACCAGUUUAUGAAGAACUUGGAAGAAAAUUAAAAAAAUAUGAUCAUAUAAUUGUUGCUAAAAUGGACGGUACACUUAAUGAAACAGCACUUAAAGAAUUUGAAUGGUCAGGUUUCCCAACCAUAUUCUUUGUUAAAGCUGGAUCAAAAAUACCUUUACCAUAUGAAGGUGAAAGAACAUUAAAAGGAUUUGUUGAUUUUUUAAAUAAACAUUCCACUAAAACUCCAAUCACUAUUGAUGGUGUUUCACAAUCUGACGACGGAGCUUCUGAAGAAUUAUAA